CGCCGUUUCGUUUCAACGACCUUGAACGCGCUGACUGGAAGCGGGCAUUCCGUAUUUCAAUUGCCGUGUGUGUGUUGGGUCCUAUGAGUAUUAAAUGUUUCCAUAUAUAAGUCGUCUUUUGAUGCAUAAUAAACACUAAAUAACUGCUAAGAGCAUUAACUGAGUAUUUUCUGUUUUGUAGUGCACACUUUAGCCUGUUGUUCCUUCGAAACUUGAUCUGUGGUCCUAAGUGCUGUAGUGAAAGUCAACAGCUAAAUAUAAUUUGUUGAUAAGGUCCAGAAAACAACUUUUUGUGAUUUAAGACGAAAUGUCAACUGAAGGGAAUAACCUUUUUUUAAUAACUAUUGUAUGUUGUCUCUAGUGCUUCAUGCUCAAGUGAAAUUUCAGUGAACGUAAGCGACGCGUUCCAACGUAUUAUGCUGAACAAGAGAUUCGGAAGCUGGAUUGAAUUAGAUAAUGCGCUAAAGGAUUUCCAUAAAAUGACCCAUACACACUAUGUUCACGCAGAAAGUAGAUUGUUGAAGGAUGUGAGAUAUAAAUACUUGUUCGUAGUGUUUCGUUGCACGUUUGGUCGUAAACGUAAAUCAGAAGGUCUGAAUGUGAAUAAAAAACCGUCUAAAUUUUUAAAUUGCCAAUCGAUGUUUCGCGUAAGAUUGGAGGGUCAACAAUACGUUAUAAAAUCUUACAACAUGUCUCACAACCAUCCGUGUACUAGUUCGUGGAUGGUUUGUGAUCCGUUGAGUAGACGAUUGUCAUCAGAAGAAAAAGAAAACUUGAAACCAGUUAUAUUGCACUGUCAGUCGACGGACGAAGUUAUCGAAAGUAUUAAGGAAAGAACAGGUAAGCAGGUGACCGCUGCUGAUGUCAAAAAUAUGAAAGCUGAACUCUCCACUGGUUGGACUCGGAAGCAGGUAUUGCAGAUGAUGCGACAAAACGGUGAAGUUAGAGAGCAUGCAGAAAAUGGAUGUAUUACGGCGAUAUGCUUCAGCAGUUAUGAUCAGAUACGGCUGUACAAUCAAUAUCCCGAAGUCGUGUGUAUUGAUUCUACUUAUAAAACUAAUAAUAAAAAAUAUUCAUUAUUCCACGUAAAAAAAUGUGGGCGCGUGCCUUUUACGGCAGUAUAUUAACUUUGGGUAACAACACGAAUAAUCGUGUUGAGUCAUUAAAUAGGCAGAUAAAAAGAUAUGUACGCAAAAGCGACAGCUUGCACAAAUGCAUGUACAAGGCUUUUAAGUGGAGUUCAAUGACAUUCUCUAGAAAAAGCAUUGAAGACCAAAUAAUCAGUGGACGAACAUACAAUUAUGAUGCUCCACAGCGUCUUAUACCCUUGCUGAACAUGUUGACCCCAUUCGCAAGAUCCAAAGUGUUAUACGAACUUAAAAAAAUGCGUUUCGUUAACUUAGAAUAUGAAAGCGGCGAGUGGUUGUUUAUGCUUGACCGCGGACAACAUUACGAAGUGGAUGUAAGUAAUUGUGAAUGCAAUUGUAGCACGUUUAAUAUGUAUCGAUAUCCGUGCCGCCAUCUCCUGCUGGCAUAUAUUAAAAGACGAAAUCUAACAGCUCAUCAACUUCUUAGGUGUUGCUGCAGAUGGGAAUUAGACAAUACGCACAAUUUACAAAACAACACAGGAAUUUCAUUACCGAGACGGAGUAAAGAAUAUAUACAACUUCAACGGCUCCAAAGAAUGUGCAAACAACAAAUUGUUGAGAAAUAUGGUGAACGCUUCGCGAAUCAGGUGGAGAGAAAAGUCUACAAUUCUUACUUAAGAAUUAUAAACAGCUAGACAGCAGGUUUACGAUUAACAGUUCUUUGUGGCUUUAUUUUAGACCACUAUUUAUACAACUUGUAAACUUAUCUUUCCACUUUAGUAGUCAUGAAAAAUCAAUAAACUUUUUCUCAUUUUUUA